CGUCCGGGAGCUCUGCGGGAAUGGAGGAACGGGAGCGGCUGUGCCGGGAGAUCCGAGUGCUCCAGGGUCUCAUAAACAGCCACAGGAACAUGCACGGGAAUGUCCCACGUCCGGCGCCUCCGAGGUGGAACAACCCCCGCCAGCCUGGCUACACCAGGAGAGGAGCUUUUUCCACCAGGUACCCCCAGCAGGCUCCCAGGAAUUUCCACCCACACCAGACUCACUCCUGGAGGAAAAAAUACUCCCUGGACAACCGGCUGCCGGGAUCGGGGUAUGACUCUGGAAGUGCUUCCAGCACUUCCCAGGGUUUUGGGAGCCUUGGGGACAGCCAGACUCCUGAGGCACCGGAAUCAUCCCCAGAGAGGCACGUGGACUUCACCACGGAUGGGAACAUCGUUGUGGAUAUCCAGGUGCCACAAAGGGCCGGCCAGGAAAAUGUGGGUCCUUACGGAGAGUUUUCCAGGCGGGAAGUGGCGGUGGCUCCUUCGGCGGAUGGAAACAUCCAGAAAUCUCUUCUCCAGGAGGAAGAGAGAAGACCUUCCCUAUCCAUUUCCUUCAGUUCCACCUCAAGGACUGUGUGCCUGCCUGGUAGCGGAGCCGGGAGCUCCUUUUCUGUCUCUGGAAGCACCAGUGAAAGUGCCGUGGCGCUGAAAUCAGAGCCACAAAAACCUUUGGAAUUUCCAGGUCAGGAGCCAGCGCAGCACUUGGUACGGAUCAGGGCAGAACCACUCUCUCCAGGGCAGCCGAAUGGUGAGGAAGUCCAGGAUGCUUCCCUACAUCCCAAACUCUUUGGGAACGCCGAGACGCUCUCUCGACCUGCUCAGGCUGGGGUGACUCUGGUGAAGAGCAGAUUUCCCGUAAUUCCCAAAGCUCCCGCUCUCCAAAAAGCUGCCUCAGCACCCAUCUCCAGCAAAUCUCAGAAAUUCAGGAAAAACAACUACACCUGGGUGGCAAACCCUGGGAAAAGCUCCCGGAUUGUGAAGAGGUGGGCGAGCCCUCGAGCCGAAAAUUCCAAGAAGGGCAUUGGGGGAGUGGACAAAGGUGCUAAAAUCUCCCCCAAAGCGGAUUUGGGAGCAAAGAUAAAGAAAUUGGGAUUGCAAUCCAAGCUGGGGGUUUCUCCCAGUAAAUAUAAGUGGAAAGCCUCCAGCUUGCAGACUUUGCCUUCCACUUCCAAGUCAGCAUUCCAGUGGAGAUCUGAGGACCAGAAGAAGGCUCCAGCCCCAAAUAUCCCUCGAACCGUCUCCGUCCCACCGGCUCCGAGCGCGGCGUCCGUUGUUCCCGGUGGGAUGAAAUCCUUUGGAGAGGCUGCACUGUCCAGUUACAAAGUGAAGAGUCGGACAAAAAUCAUCAAGAGGAAAGGGAAUGUGGGUUCCCCCACAGAUAAGAAGAACAUCUCCCCCACCACAGCUCUCAAGAGCCUCUUCCACCUCCGGAGGAAAAAUUCCACGCGGGGAAAACCUUUGGUGACGGUGAAGCGCUCCUCGCCCCGGGGCCUGGUGCAGAUUUCCAAGCACUGCCUCUGCCGGGUGCCAGCAACCAGGACACAGGCAGCCACCAAGGAAGGAUCCAACUUCCACGAUGUAAGGAGCCCCCCAGCCAACAAGGUGAUAAAGACGCGCUACAGGAUUGUGAAGAAGAACAUGGUGCCUCCAGCCUUAUCAUCCUUCACCAGCCCCAUUCCCACCUGGAAAACCAGGCGUCCCAUUACAUCCAGAUCCCCAUUGUUAAACCAGAUCCGACCCUCACUCCAAGGUGACAAAUCCCAGCUCGUCCAGCAGCGCUGGAGGAACAAAGGUUUCCGCUGCAUCGGCGGCGUCAUGUACCAGGUGUCGGCCAACAAACUCUCCAAAACUUCCAGCAGCCCUGUCCGGGCCAGGGACCUGGGCACCAAAACUCCCAUCAGAGCAGCACUGAGAUUGCACUCCACACCCAGUCCUGGGGUCUUUACACCCAGCCUGAGCAGAUCCUCAACGUGCCGAUACAUCGCCAGCCGUGCUGUGCAGAGGAGCUUGGCCAUCAUCCGUCAAGCCAAGCAGAAGAAGAAAAAGAAGGAAUAUUGUAUGUACUACAACCGCUUUGGGAAGUGCAAUCGGGGUGACAGCUGCCCCUACAUCCAUGAUCCAGAGAAGGUGGCCGUCUGCACCAGGUUUCUCCGUGGCACGUGCAAGAAGACGGAUGGGACCUGUCCAUUUUCCCACAAGGUGUCCAAGGACAAGAUGCCGGUGUGUUCCUACUACCUGAAGGGGAUCUGCAGCAACAGCAAUUGCCCCUACAGCCACGUCUACGUGUCCAGGAAGGCAGAAGUGUGCCAGGAUUUCCUCAAAGGAUAUUGUCCCAUGGGAGAAAAGUGCAAGAAGAAGCACACGCUGGUUUGUCCCGACUUUGCCAAGAAAGGGGUCUGCCCCAAGGGUGCCCGGUGCAAACUCCUGCACCCCCAGAAGAGACGUCACCCACAGCAGGUUGGAGGUGAUGGAGACCACAACAAUCCCCCUUCCAAGUGGAGACGGAUCCAGGAGGCACCAGGCAGGAAUGAUCCAGCUCAGCUUCAGGAUGAUGGGGAAAUUCCUGGACCCUCCAGUGCAGAGCAAGAGGUGAAGUUGUGGAAAGAGGAGGAGCCCAAGCCAAGUAGCUGCCUGCAAAAGCUGCCAUCCUUCAUCUCCCUCCGAUCCCCAGAAUCUCCUGGUUCCCUGGGCUGCAAAGAGGAGGGGGAUGAGGAUGAGCCAGAGGAUGAACCAGGCAACGCCAAAAGGAGGAGAAUGUUCCCCAGGGCAUCCCUGCAGGAUUCCGAGAGCUCCCUUGUGGGUGGCAGCGGUGAGUCCAGGAAACGGCUGCAGAUCAAGCCCCGGCUGUGAGUCCAUCCCAAUCCUGUGGCAGCCGACCAGCUCAGGAACUGGAGAGCCAGGGAACGACCUGGCACCUACCUCAGGAUGCCAUGUCCAGGCAUGGCACCCCCCUCCUCCUCCUCUUGCUUUCCCGGGAUGUCACUGGGACACGGAGCCGUGCGGCAGCGUGGGAAUGCACCGCUCGUUCCUGCAGGGGAGCAGCUUUGUUUGGAACCUUUGAAUUGACCAAUAAAUGACCUUUUCAGAUGGUUUGUUGAAGGAAAGUCCUGCCACCUCCUUGGAUGCUUGUGGGGCUGGGAAGAGGUUCCCAUCCCCAUCCAUCCUCGGGUGCUGUCCCAGCCACAAGGACAGGACAGGGGGACCUGGGGUGGUUUAAUGCCAUCAGGUGACAUUUCCACAUCCAGGCUGGGAUGUAUCAGGGACAAGUCACUGUGAUGGGAUGUAAUGGGUGUAAAGCCCCCACAGCCUUGAUCCCACCAUUCCAAGAGCCCAUCCCUCUCCAUCCCCUUCCUUUUGGGAGGAGAUUUGCCGGAGCUGAGAGCAUCCCUCAUGGAAAUGUGUUUGGAGUUGUGCUGAGAUCACAAUCUUCAUUUUGGGGUCUCCCUGAAUUGCACGCAACCCCCUCCUCUCCCUAUCCUAGCAGGGAUUGGGGCUCCAUUGGGAAAGCCAAGCCAACUUCUCCAGGAUUUGGGGGUUUUUGGGGACUCUCCAAAUCCAAGCAGGAACAGAGUGAAGGAACACUGGAACAAUGGGGUUUUGCAUCCAUAGGUAAAAUUUCCAAGGGAUUUUGGGGUGGCAGGUGCUGUUCUCCCACACAGAUAUGAUUCAUGGGAUUCAUGGGAUUUGCUCAUAUACAGCCCCUCAAGCAAAAUCCUGUGGGGAAAAGGAAUCAGAGGGAAUUGGGAAGGACUGGGGCUCCCUGGGGAUGCAGGAUCCAGGUAUGAUCAGAGACAGGGUAGGAAAUGCCAAUGGGCAGUGGCUUUGCCCCCCAAACAGGUCCCCACAGGGGGGUUCCCUUCACCAAGUGACCCCUGUGGAGGGGUUUUGUCACCAUCCCAAAUUCACAACAUCCCCCAGGCACUGGAGGACCAGCAGAUCCUCACCCUGGGAUGUCACUUGUGCCCCAAUGAGUUGAUUUUUAAUAAAAACAUCGUGGUUUUUGUUGAUAUGAAAAUGUCUUUUGUUAACUCCUGUGUUUUGAUAUGUAAAUAAAAGAGUUUCCUCCCCUGGGAUGGAAAAGCCUCCCUGUGGCUUUCCUCUUUUUUCAGCAGUGCAUGAGCAUCCCAUCAAAUAUCCAUCCAAAUCCAGUGGAGGAGUCACUCUGAUCCCUAAAUCCUUGGGUUUUUUAACCAUUAAAACUUUUCACCCAGAAA